AUGUUUAGGCCAUAUUAUAUCAUAUUUUGUGAUAGUGAUUGCCGGAUUAUUAAUGUUAAUCCCAAAUAUGGUGGAGCAACUCAUGAUGCUUUUAUUUGGGAGAAUAGCUGCAUCAAUGAAUUCAUGCAGGGGUUACACCGCAAUCACGAACAAGUUUGGCUAUUGGGUGACUCAGGAUAUCCACAGUGGCCUUGGUUGAUGACACCAAUUCCAGACGCUGCCGCUGUUGAGGGAAGCCCAGAGGCUAAAUAUACUACAAUCCAUGGAAAAUGUAGGGUUGUGAUUGAGAACACCUUUGGAAGACUGAAAAAUCGAUGGCGCUGUCUGAGCAAAGACCGCACUCUACAUUAUGCACCUGUUAAGUGUGCAAAAAUUAUUACAGCGUGCAGUGUCUUGCAUAAUUUGGCCCUCGAUUUUGGUGUGCCUGACCCUGACGACGAGGUGGCUGAAUCUGGGGUUGAAUACACGAUGCUGGAAGUGCCGAGAGACCACGGGGCUAGAGAUGAUCUAAUCCGAGGCAAAGCCAUAAGAAGUCUGUUGGCAGACAGGAUUAAUAGACUCCAUUAAUGAUGAAUUAUCACCAUUCAUGAAGUCUAUUAACUGUGAAUGUUUUCAACAACACUAUUGUACAUCUUCCUCAUUCAUUCCUCCACCCAAAGGUUGCCUGCAAGAGAUCGUAUUUAGCGAUAAGGCCGCCUAUUGCGUUAACGUUAUAUCCACUGUAUAAUUGUUAAAUUUGUGUUCUGUUUAAUAUCUGAUAAAGUAGUAUUCUAUUCUAUUAAUCCUG